AUGGCUGAAACUAAAUCUAAGAAAGUCAAUAGGGCUUACCUUCAAUGGACUCCUGAGAUGGACUCUGCAUUAUUGGCCAUGCUUGUUGAGCAUCACAACAGGGGUGACCAUGCACAAAAUGGUUGGAAGCCACAUGUGUACAAUGCUUGCAUAAGGCAUGUGAAGGAGACAUGUGACGUUGUCAUCAACAAGGAUAAAAUAGUAGCAAGAAUUAAAACAUUUGACAAGCAUUAUGAUAUCAUAAGCAAGAUGCUUGCUCAGAGUGGCUUUGGAUGGGAUUGGGACAAUAACAUGGUGAGUGUUGAAAGUGAUGAAGUGUGGGCUCGAUAUGUGGAGGCAAACAAGGAUGCAGCUCCCUACAGGAACAAGGAAGUGAAGAAUUGGCAAGCUAUCUCUACUAUAUAUUCAAAAGACCAUGCCACAGGUGCAGGUGCAAAGACGGGAGGUGAGUGUGCUCAGGUUGGAUCCUCAUCAGUUGCUCAAGUUGAGGAGGAUGAUGAAGAAACUCCCGAGGCGCCUAAGAAGAGGCCACGUACUGCUGAUGCUAUCAUGAGCAUGGUGGGAGAGCUGCGAUGUACUUUUGAAGAUGCGUUGAAGACAACUGUUGCACUUCCGCCACCAAAGGUGACUCCUCCAUCUGAAAUCCUUGCUGAACUAAAGAAGAUACCAACUAUGGAAGGUACUGAUCUGUUGGUAGCUUAUGGGAAGCUCACCGCCAAUGAGCGCACGUUUGAAUCACUCAUGGCACUACCCAUGGAGAUGAGGAAGCCAUGGCUCUUGACCUUGCCUUGA